CGCGCGCGUCCCCAACCGGCGCGAGUGGAGAGCAGUCCAGCCAGCAAUUCGAAGUAGUCUUCUUGCCCGGCUUGAGCUGUUUCUUGUCUGUCCAGGAAUGAGAAGUGAUGGCUGGUUCUGCAACAGAGGAGAAAACCUUCCGAAGGUUCUUGGAGCUCUUCCUCCGAGAGAUGAGACCUCCUCUUCAGGAGAACGACCCUCUACCAAUGCGCCCUUUGUCGGACCUCAUCACGGAGGACGAAGUGGAAGGGGAAUGUCUCGACCUCUGUCUUCAGCACCUGUGCAAAUAUAACUGUCCGUUUUCCCUGGCGGCAGCCCUGGCCCGGGCCACGGCCGACAGUGUCCUCCAGAGCGACCUCACCAUCCACCACCUCCAGAAGACCCUGGAGGAAGGAACAGACCCUCUGCCCCAGUUGGAGGCGGUAAAGCUGGCCAGGCUUAUAUUUAACAAGCUGUGUGAGACAUGCUGCCUGUGGCUAAAGGAUUUCCCGUACCGCCGCCGGCCCCAGCCCUACUACGAGACGUCCAUCCACGCCAUCAAGAACAUGCGCCGCAAGAUGGAGGACAAGCACAUUGUCAUCCCCGAUUUCAACACUCUCUUCAACAUACAGGACCAGGAAGAACAGGCCUUCUUCGCCGUGUUUGAUGGCCACGGGGGUGUGGACGCCGCCAUCUAUGCCGCCAACCAUCUCCACGUCAACCUUGUGCGCCAGGAGAUGUUCAGUCAGGACCCGGCCGAGGCCCUGUUUCGCGCCUUCAAGGUCACAGACGAGCGAUUCGUCAAGAAGGCCGCUCGCGAGCACAUGCGCUGCGGCACCACGGGCGUGGUGACCUUCCUCAGGGGGAGAACUCUGUAUGUGGCCUGGCUGGGAGACUCCCAGGUCAUGCUGGUCAGGAAGGGCCAGGCAGUGGAACUGAUGAAACCUCACAAGCCUGACAGAGAGGAUGAGAAGCAGCGUAUUGAGGCUCUUGGAGGCUGUGUCAUCUGGUUUGGCACGUGGAGGGUUAACGGCAGUCUGUCCGUGUCCAGAGCCAUAGGCGACUCAGAACACAAGCCCUACAUCUGCGGAGACGCCGACCACAGCACCUUCCCCCUGGACGGCACCGAGGACUACCUGAUCCUGGCCUGCGACGGCUUCUACGACACGGUCAGCCCCGACGAGGCGGUGCGCGUGGUCAGCGACCACCUGGAGGAGAACGCCGGCGACAGCACCAUGGUGGCCCACAAGCUGGUGGCCUCGGCCCGGGACGCCGGCUCCAGCGACAACAUCACCGUCAUCGUGGUGUUCCUCAGGGACCCGCGCUCCCCGCCCCCGUCCGCCGAGGACGCCGCCCAGGAGGAAGGGGAGGAGGCGACGGCGGAGGAAGAGGAGGACGAAGAGGAGGCGCUCCAGGGGGGCGAGCGAGGCUGCCAGGAGGAGGGCGGCGCCACGGACGUGGGGGGGAAGGGCCGGGGCAGCUGGCCCGUGCAGCAGUGCUCGGCCCCGGCCGACCUGGGCUACGAAGACCGCAUGGACUCGUUUACGGACAGAACCAGCCUCAGCCUGCUGGGUCCCGCGCUGGGGGCGGAGGAGGAGGGCCGCGUCCGGCUGCCCCCGGCCUCGUCCGUACAACCGCCCCUCUCCACAGGCUUCCCCCAAGACCACAGGCCCGCCGCGGGCCUCGGGUCGGCCUGGCUCCCCUACGUCGAGGAGGGUCUCCAGAGGCCCGCGCACCCGCCCAAGUCCUGCGUCCCCGCCUGCCAGGAGCCCAGCUCCACGGACGGACUAUGGCCCCAGGCGGCCGCCCUAUUCGGCCAGACGGGGAGGCGCACCCGGAGGAUGGAGUGCGCGAGCCCCAGGUGGGGUUGCAGGCGCGCGGGCCGGGCCCCCGGGGAGCUGCCGGGGCUGCUGCACUCCGGCCGCGUGCCCUACCCCCAGCGCUGCCCCGUCCGGAGGCCCGGGGUGGCACUGCCCCACCUGCCCUCUGGCAGCAGAGUCUGAUGCCACUCACCGGAUCUCCACCAUCUCCUUGCUCUCCUGCCCCUAUCUCCCUUCAACCCCCCCCACACUCCAUCCCUUUAGAGUUUAGUCACUGAUCCAUCCCAGCCAUUAAAAGCUUCCAUCCCCUGACACUGAGAAUGGAAAUCCACCCCCCCCCCACAGACCCCCCUUCUCCACUGCCAUUCCUAUCCAUACCCAACCCACACCUCUCCCCUCUCCCAAAGCUAGACAUUCAUUCAGGAGGCCAUAACAAUUCCUGCCCCUGGCUCUAAUUAUGGCACACACGCUGAUCUGUGCUUUGCGAUAAAUAAUCAGACGCUUGCAUUAGCCACCCACUUCAGCUCUAUAGACGUGAUUACUUAAUACAGGAUUAUGAGAUUAGCGGUCACUUACCUGAAUAAACCCAACAUAUAGAGCGGUAUGUAUUCCAGAUGGAGCCACAAUGGGGGAUAAUGGGGUAUAGAAGCGGAUAAACGAAACGCUAUUUAGUUUUUCCAUUGAUUACGUUGUUGUUUGGUAACAGUCUAGUCUAACCUGUCCAGCACACCAAAUUGAGUUUUCAGUGCUGAACACUGAGGAAAAGCAUUAGGAGCCAUAGAUGCCCAACAUACUGUGUGUACAAGUGCCCUCUUUUAGGUUUUGCCAGGACUAUCGGGCCAGGAGAGUUUAGACGGCAGCAGAACAUGUGCCUUCGAUAUCUCAAGCGUGUCACGGAAACAGAAAUGCCCUCGUUUUACUCCCUCAGUUUACCUUUAACAAGUGCGAGUCCAACUAUGCUAAAAGGGAGUACUUAACUGCGCUGCUUUAACAAAAAACAUUUAUUAGGUAAAGGAAUAUGAAAAUCCAUCCCAAUUUCAUAAUGAUACAUCCUCUCUUGAGGGGAUGAUGGCUAAGUGAUGACUAGGUUCUAUAAAACAUGCAUCAAUAUGCUCAAUAUCCAGAAAUCCCUUUUGACUGUCGGGACUAGAACCCAAUCUCGACUCGCUUAAGACAACAGGAAUUGUUUGUGCCAUCCUUGAGAUUCACAUGGACUUAACGCACUUGUCACGCUGUGCCAUCGAUUAUAUAGCUAUAUAACUCCCUUCCACUUCCAAUGCUUUCCCAUGGCAGGAGGCAGGAACCGAGGGUAGAAGUGACGCAACCAAUCCCACAUUUGGACAAAGUCACAGAACCACAUUUCCCACAAUUCCAGUUCUCAUUGUCCAGUCUUAACUGCCCUGGCAUACCAGCCAGCCAGACUCCACGAAGGCACAAUCUCGACCCUUCAACCUCCACGACUGGCUAGAACACACAAGGUCAUUUGAGAAAGGAAUAAUGGGACCGCGGUGAAGUCGUCCCCCACCUGCAGGGAGCAGAAUGUAAUCCAACGUUCUAGAAUGUACGUGGAGCACUGGGCCAGUGGAAGGCUCGAGAAGUUGCCGUCCUGGACUAACGGAGAAGCUCCUUUUCCAGGCUAGCUGAGCUGUGUGGAAUGUAGCCACGUUCGAUCUUCAGAAAGCC